CAUCGCAUCCCCUGAUAAUUGCUUUCGUAUUCCGACGGAUUUCAUCUCGAAAACAAGGAAAAGUUCCGACUUUUUUAGUGAUUUUUGUUUGGAUUUCCAGCAAGUUCUCGUCUUUCGGAGAAGUGGUGAAGAAAGUUCGGAUUUUGGAAGAACCAAGUUGAAUUUUUUUUUUUUCAAUUAUUAGAUCAAUAAUUGGAAAAAAAAAACAGCUCCUUUCUGUCCCUGUUUUGGGUUUUCCUUCCUACCUUAUAGAGCUUCGGAAUCGUAGAAUUGCUUGUGGUUGUUUUCUUCCCGUUAGGAAGUAUCAUGGAAAGUAUCCAAAAGAUUUGAUCUUGGAAGCACCAGACGCGUUUCUCAUAUUUUUCUUUACAAAACAAUAAAAAAAGCUUGCUAUUUUGGAUGUUUCCUAUGUUUUAUCUUCAUCUAUUUCUUUUUUCCUUUCUGGAAUUAGAACUUAAUUAUUAUGAUUCAAUCAAAAGAAUUAAUCAUUCACUUGUUGUUUGUUUGAUGGGGGGAAUUGUGGAAAGGUAUCUGACGGUAGAGAGAAAUAAGCAGCUAUACGUGAAGCUAUUCCCAGAAGUGUCGACCCUAACAAGGGAGCAGCCCCCAAUCGCCUCCUUCAUCAUCAAACUCAUCUCCUCCUCCUCUCCUAAUCGCAGGACCCUCGUCCACCCAGGAGUAUGUGACAAGCAGCUAAAGAACAACGACGACUUUGUAUGGGCAAUUGAUACACUCUUUACUGGAAGAUUCAUUAUUGAUGUUGAGUUCCUCGAUCUAAAGAUUAUACCCCCUUUGGGUGGAGAACCUUUAUCCAUCUGGACCGGAUACCACAUCGAGAAACACUCAAUUGCUACUGCCCUCACAUCCCUUGGCCAAAUGUUAUCAGAGGGCAUCCACACAGACAUCACGAUCAAUGCCACUGAUGGCAGCAUCGGUGCGCAUCGUGCCAUUCUUGCAACAAGAUCCCCUGUCUUCCGCAGCAUGUUCUCCCACAACCUCAAGGAGAAAGAGCUUUCUACUGUGAACAUCUCUGACAUGUCCUUUGAGGCAUGCCAGGCCUUCCUCAACUACAUCUAUGGCAAUUUUCAGGCUGAUGAGUUCCUCAAGCACCGCAUUGCUCUCCUUCGUGCUGCAGAUAAGUAUGACAUUUCUGACCUCAAGGAGGCCUGUCAUGAGAGCCUCACAGAAGACAUCGAUGCUAAGAAUGCGCUCGAAAGACUCCAGACUGCCUACCUCUAUCGUUUGCCAAAGCUGAAGAGUAGUUGCAUGAGGUACUUAGUGAACUUCGGAAAGAUUUAUGAGAUCCGUGAUGAUUUCAACGUGUUUCUCCAGAGUGCAGACAGAGAACUCAUAGCUGAAAUCUUUCAAGAGAUUCUUGCUGCAUGGAAAGGUUUCUGAAAAGAUUUCUUAAGAAAAAGAGCAAUGCAUAGUUAUGUGUCCGUGUGGGUGACAGUUGCGUGAGUUAUAGUUGUUGCAUGUUUGUCAAUGUAUAGAUGGGUUGCUAGACAAACACCGUACAGGAUUUGUUUCCAUGAAGGGUGUCCAUUAUUGAGUUCAAAAAGAAUGUGUAUAAUUGAUUUGAAAGAUACUGAAGCCAUUGUCCACAUGAUACGUAGAAAUCAUUGCUUUUGAUUGAUUC